AUGGCCCGCAAGUUCUUCGUCGGUGGUAACUUCAAGAUGAACGGGACUAUCUCGUCCGUCAAGGAGAUUGUCAACAACCUGAACAACGCCCAGCUUGACUCUAACACCGGUAAGCAGCUCGCCCUCCCUGCACCUCUACCCGUAGCCCUCCAGUUCGACUUACCCCCCGCCUGUUUCAUGUCCGGACAUGUCAAGACUUACACGCGUUGCUUCCCCCCCAAAACAGAGACCGUCAUCGCGCCCCCGGCCCUCUACCUGCUCCUCGUCCGUGAGAACCUGAAGAAGGAGAUCGGUGUGGCGGCGCAGAACGUCUACGACAAGCCCAACGGCGCCUUCACAGGCGAGAUCAGCGUGUCGCAGCUGCAGGACAGCGGGAUCGCGUGGACGAUCCUGGGCCACUCGGAGCGGCGCACGAUCCUGCGCGAGAGCGACGAGGUGGUGGCGUCCAAGACCAAGUACGCGUCGGACAACGGCGUCAGCGUCAUCUGGUGCUGCGGCGAGUCGCUCGAGGAGCGCGAGGCGGGCAAGACGCUCGACGUCAUCGCCGGCCAGCUGGCCGCGCUCAAGAAGCAGCUCGGCAGCGACUGGUCGCGCAUCGUCGUCGCCUACGAGCCCAUCUGGGCCAUCGGCACCGGCAAGGUCGCCACCACCCAGCAGGCCCAGGAGGUCCACGCUAGCAUCCGCGCCUGGCUCAAGAAGGAGGUCAGCGACAAGGCCGCCGACGAGACCCGCAUCCUGUACGGCGGCAGCGUCAGCGAGAAGAACUGCAAGGACCUCAGCAAGGAAAAGGACAUUGACGGGUUCCUGGUCGGCGGUGCCUCGCUGAAGCCUGCUUUCGUCGACAUCAUCAACAGCAACUUAUAA